UCUUGCCACUCCAGCUAACCUGCAGCAGCGGUUACUCGGAUUCAUGCGGUCUGAUGGUGGAAGUUCUCAGCAACUGCAGCAAGAGCUCCAGAGGAAGUUUCAUGCAGAGGCACAAUUAGCAGAGAAGGCCUCCCUGCAAGGCAUCCAGCAGCUUGUUCGGAAAACCUUCCAAGCUUUGGCACUGUGGAAGCUUCUUUGUGAGCAUCAAUUCAGUAUUGUUGUAGGUGAACUUCAGAAGGAGCUCCAAGAACUUCUGAAAGUUACUACUUUCAGGGACUUGGUAAUUAGAGACAAAGAGCUAACUGGGGCCCUUAUUGCCUCUCUUAUCAACUGUUACAUCAGAGACCAUGCUGCUGUUGAUGGGAUCAGUUCACAUUUACAAGACAUCUGCCCACUGCUUUAUAGCACAGAUGAUGCUGUUUGUUCCAAGGCAAAUGAACUACUUCAGAGGUCCCGACAAGUUCAGAACAAAUCUGAAAAAGAAAAGAUGCUAAGAGAGUCCUUGAAAGAAUAUCAGAAGAUUAGCACGCAGGUAGAUCUUGCCAAUAUCUGUGCACAGUAUAGGCAAGUACGUUUCUAUGAGGGUGUGGUAGAACUUUCUCUCACGGCUGCAGAGAAGAAAGAUCCCCAAGGUCUUGGACUCCAUUAUUACAAAAAUGGAGAACCAGAAGAAGAUGUUGUUGGCUGUCAGGCUUUCCAGGAAAGACUAAACAGCUAUAAGUGCAUCACAGACACCCUCCAGGAGCUGGUCAAUCAAAGUAAAGCUGCUCCACAAUCUCCCAGCGUGCCCAAAAAACCUGGUCCUCCUGUCUUGUCAUCUGAUCCUAACAUGCUGAGCAAUGAAGAAGCAGGACAUCAUUUUGAACAAAUGCUUAAAUUGGCCCAACGUUCCACAGAUGAACUUUUUAGUAUUGCUCUUUACAGUUGGUUGGUCCAAGCUGAUCUCUCAGAUAAACUGUUGCAGAUAAAUUCUCCUUUUCUAGAGCCAUAUUUGGCACGUAUGGCCAAAGUUGAUCAAAAUAAAGUUCGCUAUAUGGAUCUGCUAUGGAGGUUUUUUGAGAAAAACAGAAGUUUUAGUAAUGCAGCCAGAGUGCUGGCAAAAUUGGCAGACAUGCAUAGCAAUGAGAUUUCACUUCAGCAGCGUCUUGAAUAUAUUGCACGUGCCAUUUUGAGUGCCAAGAGUUCCACAGCCAUCUCACCAAUAGCUGCAGAUGGUGAAUUUUUACAUGAAUUGGAGGAGAAAAUGGAAGUUGCCAGGAUUCAGUUUCAGAUACAAGAAGCAUUACAGCGUCAGUGUUCUCAUCAUUCUUCAGUGCAAGAUGCAAUUUCCCAGUUGGAUUCUGAGUUGAUGGAGAUUAGCAAGCUUUAUGGGGAAUUUGCUGAUCCAUUCAAACUCUCGGAGUGUAAGCUGGCUAUUAUACAUUGUGCUGGUCAUUCAGACCCUAUUUUAGUGCAGACACUUUGGCAAGAAAUAAUUGAGAAAGCACUGAGCGAUAGUGUGAUUAUGAGUGCUCCUGAUAGGAUGCAGGCUCUUAGCCUGAAGAUGGUAAUGCUUGGCAAAAUCUAUGCUGGGACACCUCGCUAUUUUCCUUUAGAUUUCUUAGUGCAGUAUCUAGAACAGCAAGUUUGUUCUUUGAACUGGGAUGUGGGGUUUGCAACUUACACAAUGCAAGAAAUUGGUGUGCCAUUACCGAGACUUCUUGAAGUAUAUGAUCAGCUGUUCAAAGCACGGGAUCCAUUCUGGAGUAAAAUGAAGAAGCCAUUGCACCUUCUGGAAUGCAUUCAUGUAUUGUUAUCGGCAUAUGUAGAAGAUCCUAACAAAGUUCUUGGCUUUGAGAGACUACGGCGAUUCACAAAUAUUUGCUUGGAUGCUGUUAGCUGUUACCUUGUUGAACUGCAAUCUAUAAGUCCAACACUAGCUGUACAGACCAUUACAGGGAACUUUAAAUCUCUACAGGCUAAAUUAGAGCGGCUUCACUGAGCACAGUGAUAAACCACUAUUUCUCCAGGUGGAAUGUACUGUCACUGCACUGGAAUCUGAAGAGGCAAAUGCUUAUAUAGAAGUAUGAAAACAAUCAAGCUUCUUAAGAAAUGGAUGAUUGAAUGAUUAUAGUUUUGUGUUGUAUUUUCUUAACUAACCUCACAUGUAGCAGAAUGUACAAAUGGGGUUUUUUUUUAAUUACUGCCAAAUUUUUCUGGCAGUGAAACAGUUUUAUAUGCUUUGGAUUAAGACAUAUUGUAUAAUCUUGCCCUGGCAAUUAAAAUUAUUUGUUAAAUGGGUUUCCUUUUCAAUUUUACAUGGAAUUUAUACAAGGUGCUUGGCAAUAAAAGUGGACAUCAUACAGCUAUAUAUUUGAGCUUGCCGUGAAAAACAGGCUUGGGAUUAUAGAAGGCAACUAUAUGUAAAACUAUUAAUUAUACAUUAAUUGUUGACUGCACUGUCAACCUGAUUGGUAGCCUGUGCCUACUACAAAUAAUAUAGCAGUUCGGCUGCUCUCCUGCACUGUACCUUUAAAUUCCCCCCUGAAGGGAGAGUCAAAGCAAUUCUGGCUUCUCCCUCAAUGCCUUAUAAGCAGUAGCUUCUUAUAAGGUGCUAGGAGAUAAUGGUACAGUGUAUUUUGAUUGCUAAGAUCACCUUAUCUGGAAUCACUAUUGUGCAAUAAAUAAGUGAUUUAUACUUUUGACCAUGGAUUCUUUCUUGGCAAGCUACAAAACCUGCUGCUUAGAUAAUUAUGCUAGUUUCUGUCCUUUCAAAAUAAUUGACUGCAUUGAGAUGUAAUGGCAAACCAAGGUUUAGUGUUAACAUGUCUGAGCAGCAGCCAUGAGGCAGCCAUGAGGUUGUGCAUGCCUUCCUCUUCUUUUGCAGCCUGCUUUCUAAACAGAUUAUAUAUAAUCACUAAAACAUCAAUAAAAAUGUA